UAUCACGAGUCAUUGACAGCUUAAAGCGACGAUGUGGAUGGAGGAUUGGAGAUUAUAGAUUUUAUGCUAGGUCGUAGAUAUUACAUAGAGUUUUAUCCUUUGGUCAAUGUGACCAAUCAGUUACUUCCCAUGUUGACUGCAAAUUCGUUUCCCCCAAGAAAAAUCUCGUCUUUCGUGAAAAAAUGUUUUUUGUUUCAAAAACUUAAGUAAACAUCCUUGUGAAAUUGUCAAAUUAGAUGGCGAAGCUAAAUUGCUUUAGCUCGAUAUUAUCGUAUUACGACUCAAAGAAUUCAAAUCAACUCGCUAAUAAAACAACAAACACACGAUCAAUGAAAGUAAAUAACUCCAUAUUUUGCGUAAUGGAGACAUUACCUAAAGGAAUUAUACCCCACGGCUUUGCCCAAGAAUGUAGCAAAAUAAGGUUCAGAUGUCACAAUCUCCAGCUAUGAGAUAUACUUAAAGAGCUGGUGUUUGUCGUCAAGAAUCAUUUUGAAAGUCCGUUGGCAUUCAGCUGUUCGUUAGAAAAAAAUAUUUUUUGAAAGCAUUUAUUUUCACGCUGUAAGCUCAACUCCAUGAUGUAUUCCAAAAAGAGUGGUUUAAGUUUAUUGAUCUUAUCCUGGCUGUACGUGGUACUUGAAGUGAGCUCGAUGCCACUUCGUGAAUUGCUGAGGCUUGAUUCGACCCGUAUUCAGAGUGAAGGGCGUAAAUGUCAUUCGUUACAAGAUUGUCCCGUUGGUUACUGCUGCACAGGAUUGCUAAAGGCAGCGAACGAACCAAAUUUACAAAAUGUAACCGGAACAUGUAAAAUGUACAAAGGAAUCGGUGAGCGAUGCUCACCCAAAAUUUUUCCUGGAGAUUAUACCUGUCCUUGUUCUCGAGGGCUUACGUGCACAACUGAUCUGUUUUCGGAGGAGAAAGGUUUCUUUUGUGAAACAGUUGGAUGGUAUUACGCAUCCUGGGGAACGUUUGGGGAGAGACUGUAAUCCUGUCUUUACGUAUAAUCUCUCUCUUAUUUAUAAGGAAAACUGUUCUUGAAGCUGAUGAAAUUGGAAUAUGUAAGACAGUCAAGUGAAAGAAAAUAGAUCUGUUUUGUAAUGGUUUUCAUCAUUAUGCGAUGUCAAUAUGAGUUAAUUUGGUUCACUUUAUACAAGAAUGCAUCAAGCUUUAAAUGUUUUUCAAUAAAUUUUGUAAAUAGCACGUGUAUAUAGCCAGUAUUUCAUGCGAAAAUUUCAUUAUUGCCUGGAAACAAGAAAUUUCGUGUGAACUACUCCAAGUUUCUCUAUGAACUCGAGAAAACAAAGUAAACUUUCUAUUUGCUAAUUCUUCUUUCGCUGAACAGUAAAGCGAAAUAAAAAUAUUUAAAUACA